AGAUGCGCAUCAACUUGAAUCGAAUAUCUAUGUUGGUGUAUCCGCUUCCUUCCUUUUGUAUUGUUGCAGUAUACUGCGUUCUCCAGCCAAUCUAUAGCAGUAUAGCGCGAAACAUAUAUCAAAUGUCACAGAUUACAGAGGUUAAAAUAUCUUAGUGUUCUUGGUUUCUGAUCGAUCACAGUAAUGGCGGAGGAGCCGGUGUUCUUCGGCCCCACUAAAGAUGAAAUUCUGGCUACGCCCCUAUAUGGCCUUUGGUGUAAAGCACGGAUUACUUGAGGUAAAUGAGAAAUGAAGUUGGUAAUGGAAUCAUCGGUUCUGACUGCAAUCUCUACUGUUAUGGUCCACACCACAGUAAUCUUGAACAGAAACCAAUCUGGGGUGUUCACAUGCAGAAAGACAGAUCGAUGAAGAAGAAUAACACGCAAUUUGCACUACCAACUUCUAUGUUGCUUGGCUCCAAAGACUUGUAAAUCUGAAAGAAAGGAGAAAGAGGGGACAAACAAAGUAGCUGUCUACCUUUUCCUUAAUCACGCAGUACCAAGUCGGUGAUACUGCAUCAACUCCCCAACCGUGGACGGAGCGACCGACAACUGGUUUUGACCCGGUGAGCAACGGCGAGGGUGGGGGAGAAGGUGGACAAGUUGGUCAUUGAUGCAAAGUAAAGUAGCGCGUCUGCUACCUUUGAAAAAAUACUAGCGGCGACUUAUUAAAUUCUGGUAGUUCUGUCUUUCCACAAUUGUCUCUACUGCACGUACGUUCGAUACCUGAGCAAGCAAGGAGCUGUAGAUCUCCUUAAAUAAUGCUCAAUCACAUGCCCGCUGGGCACCCUUUCUAUGGCCUCCUCCCUCCGAAUUCUUGAGUAAACCAUUCAAACAAGAGAAACCCCAUCUCGUGAAAGCGUCCUGGUGUGCUGUUUUUCUGAGCUCAAAUAUGCUGCAGAAUCUUUAUCAGACGUGAAGUUCUUGUGAGGAACCGCUGGUUCCAUGGAUACAAGCAUGCGACACUGUGGAGUUUGAAUCCUUUGGAUUUUUCUGAUCAAACCGAUGCACAUUUUUCUUUUAUAAUAGUUUAUGUCCUUUAGAAUCUGAUCCUGAUUUGAAAGGUUGCAGAGAGCAGGGAUUGUGAUAUUUGUCUGUGAAUGUGUGGCCAUGUCAAGAAAAUGAAGCUCCGUGCUCCGAGAUGUGCCAAAUGACAAAAGUUGACUCAAGUUUCACCGGGAAAGAAGACCAGAGAGCGCAAGUGGAAUUUUGAACCGCUGACAGAUCUUCUAGAUAGAAGACAAAGAGAAUGGCCAAAAAGAAGAGCGAUUCUGGAUUUGGUGAUCGGACUGAAGGAGCUCACAAUUGUCAGAGGGAAUGCGUGCAGCCGAGUUUUUCAUCUGGUGGCUCGUCGAGAAAUUGCUAUGAAGAGCUCAGAGAUAUUAUCAGGAAGAGCCUUGUAAGGCAAAACCUGCUGCCUCUUCCCUCUGAGACAGGCAGAGCGUCGCCAGAUUGCCUGUCUCUAAGUACCAGUGAUUCUGUUCCUGCGAAGAAGAAGGUAAGGAUGCCUAACGUGAUUGCCAGACUCAUGGGUCUGGAAGAACUUCCAUUAGAGGAUCAAGGAACGGAGAAUAAAGGCAAAGAGGACAAGGAUUCAGGAAAAUGUGAGAUGGAAAAACCAAUGAAACCUCGUCGUAAACACGAGCAAAAAAAGACAGAGAUGCCACCGAAAUUGGGCCGUAAGAUUCCUGUAGCAUCGGUGAGAAUUGAUGGAAGGAGAGGUUCUAAUGGACCAAAGCCAUCCUGCGACAUGGACAUGCCAAUGCGGAGGCUUUCCCAUCAUCUGCUUGAGGAAAUGGUGCCCAGGAGGAGGAGACUGAAGGAGAUCAUUGAAAGUAUGCAGUUAACUGGUUUACUAAACAGGGGUGGUAACCAUGGUGAAAGUUUUAGGAGACCCCGGUUUGCUACCUUCGACCAGAAACAAAAUGAGAAAAUGAAGGUGGGUGGUGGGAAAUUUGUAGGAGAAGUUCCACCUAUAGUGAUAAUAAAGCCGAUGGUGGUGACGAAAGUGAACAGAGAGAGGGAGAAGAUAAUUCAGGAACAGCAGCCCAUCCUAGAGAAGAAGCCGAAGGCGGAGUCGAGAAAGGCACGAACCUCAGACAGACAGGGUGUCAAUGUCAAAACCUCGGUUAAACCAGAGAUGAAGCAGUUGCACGAUCUAGCUACUAGGGAUGAGAAAGACAAGACAGUGCCCAAGAAGCCAUUGUCGGUAGUGAACCAUGAUCGGAAACCUGUGCCAGAUUCAAGGCCGGCCGAUGCAGUGAAGGCUGCAAUGCCAAGGAAGCCGUUGGACAAGCUGCAUCCGGAGAAGGAACAACUUCGGCGUUGCCACAGCUCGCGGAGAAAUCACAUCUCCAACGGCUUACCUGGACGUGAACCGAUGAAAUCCUGUGAUCAGAAGAAUGAAAGAACAGAGAAAGCAAAACCAGCAGUACAACUACAACAUGUGAACAAGAUGGCUGGUUCAAAGUGCAAAAAAGAUGAGACGAUCGUGAACUUAAGAGUAGAAAAGCGUUGCGUAUCUACUACUGCAAGCUCUCCCCACCAACUUGGUGCACAGGAAGCAAAAGAUUGCUCGAGGAAAAGAAACCCACGAGGUAUUGACGAAAGCAAGCCUGUUGCUUUAUCAGAGCAAACAUCGAAAAGGAAUCAUCGUGGUAGAAGAUAUAGAGCUACCAAAGAAACUUCUCAACAGAGUGGUCAUGAAAUUUUAUGCCCCGAAGUCACUGUUGCUGGUAGCAUAAACAAACUAAAGCAGUUUCUUCUGAACAGCACAUCAUUCCUAAGUGCUGCUCAGGAGUAUUUUGACAUUGAAGUUACCAUGUUUUCUUCACCUGCAAAUUAUAAGGAAUUUGUUGGAAGCAACGACAAGCUUCUGAUGGAUUGUGUAUUCGAACUAAUGAAGUAUAAAAGCCAAAAACAUAUGCCACGUUAUACAAUCACAAAGCUUCAUCUGCAGAAGCAGAGGGCAAGGUUCUUGUCAGAUGUAUUAGUGGAAGAGCUCUGCAAAGAAUUGGAGACCUUAUUCAGUUUGCAAGUUAUCAAUAAUGUUUGCGCGAUGGAUGAUCUUUACUUAAUUUUAGAGAGAGAUCUUCUCUGCAGACGGCUCAAUACAAGCUGUGUCUGGGACUUUGGUUGGGAGUGUGGGGCAUUAACAGAGGAAGAGUCGGAUGUAGUCUUUUGUCAGUUGGAGAUGCUUGUUCUUGGCGAGCUGAUUGAAGAAACUGUUGCAGAUUUAUGUGCUAGCUGACACGUGAUCAUAUUCUUCUAUGUCUGUCCUGAUUUUUCUUCUAACGGAUGUGCUUGUUUUUAAAGGUUUGAACUGCAGAAAUGUUUUAAAAAACGUCAGGUUGCAUGUCAUUGGGGAAACUGGGAAGGAAGAAACCCAGCAGAAUGUAUCAAAUUUAUGUAAUUAGUUCAUAUCAAUCAUGACAAUAAGAUUUUUCCCAUUUUCCUCCUUAAA